UAUGGCUGAACAUCCUAACAAGGUAGCUUUUCAACAAGGUGUUACUUAUAUUUUCAAGAACUGGACUGCCUUGAAACUGGCUGUAGAACAAGACUGGGGAGGUGUGGAUUCUGCUGAAAAGCGUGAUUGGAUGAUUGACCUUAUUACUGAUUAUUUUGGCAAAAAUGGUAAAAAAGUGGAUGUUGAUGAAAUUGAAGAUAUAUUGAACCAGAUCAUGAGUGAUGAAUUUCAUACUCUUCUUGAAGAUGACUCGGCUUAUUUGGUAGCAAAACAUUUGGUAGAACUCUUCCAUCAAUGUAUCAAUGGUAACUUUGCAGAAGUGGAACGUCUUCGACAAAAAAGUCAGACACAAUCAUCAGCAACAACAUCAAGCUGUGUCCAACAAGGUGACGACGACGACGAUGAUGAUGAACAAGACGAUGAUAUUCAAGAUGAUGAUACUAUGGAUCAAGAUGAUAUGGAAUUAGAUAAUACGACUGAAGAACCUCCUUCUGGACCUGAUGAAGAUGGUUGGGAAACCGUUCGUACCAAAAAGAAAUAAAUUAGAAUACCAUCCAUACAUUUUUUUUUUGAUAUAUUUCAUCUUAUCCCCCCCCUUUGUACAUAGAAUCAAAAAUAGAAUCAUUUCUUUUAUUAUUUCGUAUACAUAUAUUUAACUAUAUUGACCCA